AUGAAUAAUCAACAAAAAUUCCACCAAUAAACUAAACACAACAAACAUAUAAAAACUAAUUAAUUACUAAUAAGGAUAAAAUUGAAAAGAAAAUGCCAAAAAGAAUUAGCUUAAUUGUAGGAAGAACGUGGAAAGAAGUAUGGUAAUUAUGUUUUGGGCAUUUAAACAAUUCGUGAUAACUAGAAGACUAAAACUUUUACAGUUACCUAUGGUUGUGACAAAUCUGCUAUACCUUUAUCAAAUAUUAGAUUCUCUUCGCCAAAGCAUAAAAUUUAGAUAUUCAAACAUUUGUACUUAAUUUAUGGGUUUUUGAACAAAGAACAAAUGUUACAUAGAAAUCUUAAACCCAAUAAUAUAAUUUUGUAUAAUCGAUAAUUAUUACUUACAGAUUUUGGUUUUAAAUUAGGUAAUUGGAUGAUUGAUAAAAUCAAUUUUUUAGAUAAAAUUGAUAGUAUUCAACAGGAUAAUAUGUAUCCAUAUCUAUCUCCAGAGAUUGUAAACAUUCUUGUCAGCUAAAAUAGUUUUGGUCAUAAAAGAGAUGCUCUUAAAAACAGGCAUUAAUUAUCUGUGAAAAAGCAGGAUUAAUUUGCAAUCGCAAUUAUGAUGUUAGAGGUCUUUAUUCCUUUAAAGGAUAGAAAAUUAGCUACUGCUAAGGAAAGAUAAGAGCAGAUUAAUGAUAUGAACUUAUCCGACGAUUUUUCAAAUGAAGAUGAAAAAUUCAUAAAAGCAACAAUUUUAAGUCUCAUAUACUAUAAAGAUUUUAAUGAAAAUGAUUUCUAAAAUACAUUAAAGGUUAUUAAUGAAAUUGAAUAAUAGAGUGAAAAUUACAAAAUAAAUAAAUAGGAAUUAAUGACAUAAGAGUAUGAUGAAUAGGUCAAAAAAGUCUUAGCAAAUAAAGAUACUUAAUUUAAUUUAAAGCUACUUUAUCAUUUUAACAUCAAAAACCUUAUCGAUUGCUAAAGUAUUGCAAACAAUCAAGAAAAUAAAGAACUAAUAGAAGAGAUUACAAGAUUUUAACUUCUCUAUUCCUAAAUUGAUGACUUAAGUCUAGAUACAACUGAGGAACAUAUUAAUUAAUUUACAAAUGAAGAUUUAUUCAUUUUAUUAGUUUAUUUGGAUGAAAAAAUAGAAAAUUUACAAGAUUCUUAAAAUAAAUUACCGCAUCUGAUUAUGUCAGAAGAAGAAUAGCGAUAUCGUAAUUUAAAAUAAUCUCUAAAGAAAUAAUAUUAAAGAUUGAAUAGUUUAAGCAAAAACUAAUUUACAUUUAAUAAAAUCUUAGAAAAAGAAGAAAUAAAAGUUAAUAGGAAUAGUGUUGAAAAUAAUUCUCAUUUAAAUACUGAUGAUAUAUAACAUGGGGUUGUUAUUCAUUAACCCAUUGAGUAUGAAUAAGACCAAUGCUUUACUCCUAUUUAUCAAAUAGAUGAUUAAUCUAGUAAAUAAAAUCUUUUAGAAACAGUUAGAAGCACUUUCAAUAAUUCCACACUGCAAAUUUAUUUUGAAAUUAACAAAUGCUUGUAAUAAAGAUAAAAAAAAGCCUGGAUUUAUAUGCAUAUAGAUCAUCCUAAUGUUAUUUAUUUUGGUGAAAAAAAGGAUAAUGUUUUUGAAGGAGAAGUGAUGUAGUUCCAAGAAGUGAAAAAAAUUAAAAUGAUAUCUCACUAUGUUCAUGUUAAAAUACAAUUAGACAGUUGGAAUAUAUAAGACAUUGAAAAAAAGUCAUCAAUUUAUUAUUACAUAGAAAAUAGAACCCCAUAAAAGUUCUAAAAAGUUAAAGAAUACUCAGGUUAAAUUAAAAAUGGGAAGAAUGAUGGAGAAGGAAAAGAAAAAGAUUUUAUUGAAAAUAUGGUUUAUAUUGGAUAGUGGAGGGACGGAUAAAUGUUCAAUUAGGGAAUUAAGUAGUUAAUAAAUACUGAUUAAAUAUUAUAAAAUGCUCCCUAUAAAUGGGAAGGAAAUUUCGAAAAAAAUAAAUUACAUGGGUAAAACAUUAAGACCUACUUAUUGAAUUACAAUAAUAAAGAAGUUUGGUUAGAAGGAAGCUAUUAAGAUGGUUAAAAAAGUGGAUUACAUGUCUGUUACAUGAAAAGGGGGAUUAAUUAAUAAGUGUAACCAUUUACACUUUACAGAUCUCUGUUCUUUGUAUUUUUAAAUAAGGAACGCGAGCUUAAGUUAACUUGCUAUUGA